AUGGACAAGACUCCAGAGCUAACUCUCAUUGCUCCGACUGAACCUCAUACGGCCACUGUCAUUUUCGUACAUGGGCUGGGUCAGAACACGUAUACUUGGCGCGCAAUGAUCCUUGAAGGACUCGUUCCCAGUCUCCCUCAAAUCCGCUGGGUCAUGCCCCAAGCGUCGAAAAAAGCAGUGACCUAUAAAAAAGCUUUCGAACCAAGUUGGUUCAACAUCAAGACUCUUCCUCCUGGAACAGACGAGUUCGAUGAGACCACGAUCGCUGAAAGUAUUGGUAUUAUCGAGAAUCUCAUUCUAACAGAGAUCUAUGGCGGUAUCAACCCCCGCAGGAUUUUCUUAGUUGGCUUUUCUCAAGGCGCUGCACUGAGCCUUAUGGUCGCACUUUCCACGCUCCAUGAUCUUGGCGGUGUUGCCAGUUUAUCGGGGUGGAUUCCACCCAAAGCUAGAGAGCAAACCAUUGCGUCGCCGAAUCUUCCAAUAUUGUGGUGUCAUGGUCUUGCAGAUACUUUGAUUCCCAUUGAGCUUGCGGAAGACGCAAUCAAAUACCUCGAACAGAAUACGAAGGGAAAGGUCGAGUUGAAGAAAUAUGCAGGACUGGAGCACACAAUAAACGAUAGUGUAGUUGAAGACUUGUUAGCCUGGUUGAAGCUGCUUGUCUAG